CAGUCGCGUCGGCGGCUGGACGGGAGCGGAGCUGAGCCGAGCCGCGCUGCCAGCCCGCCCGCCCCGUCCCGUCCAGUCCUGAGCCGACCCGAGCGGGCAGCGCCGGGGGGGAGCCGCCGCCCCAUGCGCUGAGGGGCGGCGGGAUGGGGCCGCGGGGCGCCGGCGGCUGGGCCGGCCGCGCCGGGGCGCCGGCUCCCGGUUGGACGUGCCUCCUGCCGUUGCUGCUGUGCGCCGCGCUCCGGAGUCUGCUAGCCAGCCCCGGCAGCGAGGUGAAUUUACUGGACUCACGCACAGUAAUGGGGGAUCUAGGAUGGAUAGCCUACCCAAAAAAUGGGUGGGAAGAAAUUGGUGAGGUGGAUGAAAACUACGCUCCGAUACACACAUACCAAGUAUGCAAGGUAAUGGAACAGAAUCAGAACAACUGGCUUCUGACCAGCUGGAUCUCUAAUGAAGGGGCAUCCCGCAUCUUCAUUGAGCUCAAAUUCACCUUGAGGGACUGUAACAGCCUUCCAGGAGGACUUGGGACUUGCAAAGAGACUUUUAACAUGUAUUACUUUGAAUCAGAUGAUGAAGAUGGGAGGAACAUCAAAGAAAACCAGUACAUCAAGAUUGAUACCAUCGCUGCUGAUGAGAGCUUCACAGAGUUAGACCUUGGCGACAGAGUUAUGAAGCUAAACACAGAGGUGAGAGAUGUUGGGCCUCUAACGAAAAAGGGAUUUUACCUUGCUUUCCAGGAUGUGGGUGCUUGCAUCGCCCUGGUCUCCGUGCGCGUGUACUACAAGAAAUGCCCAUCGGUGAUCCGCAACCUGGCCCGCUUUCCUGACACCAUCACGGGAGCAGAUUCCUCGCAGCUGCUAGAGGUGUCGGGCAUCUGUGUCAACCACUCAGUGACUGAUGAGGCGCCAAAGAUGCACUGCAGUGCUGAGGGGGAAUGGCUGGUGCCCAUCGGGAAGUGCUUGUGCAAGGCAGGGUACGAGGAGAAGAACAACACCUGCCAAGUAUGCAGACCUGGGUUCUUCAAAGCUUCACCCCACAGUCCAUCCUGCAGCAAAUGUCCCCCUCACAGCUACACGCUUGAUGAAGCAUCCACAUCUUGCCUGUGUGAAGAACACUAUUUUAGGAAGGAAUCAGACCCACCUACAAUGGCCUGUACAAGACCCCCCUCUGCUCCUCGGAGUGCCAUCUCAAAUGUUAACGAGACUAGUGUCUUUCUGGAAUGGAUUCCCCCUGCUGAUACUGGUGGAAGGAAAGAUGUGUCUUAUUAUAUUGCAUGCAAGAAGUGCAACUCACACUCAGGUCUGUGUGAGGCGUGUGGCGGUCAUGUCAGGUACCUCCCCCAGCAAACCGGCCUGAAAAAUACCUCUGUCAUGAUGGUGGAUCUGCUUGCUCAUACAAACUAUACCUUUGAAAUUGAGGCAGUGAAUGGAGUGUCCGACCAGAACCGUGGAACCCGGCAGUUUGUGUCUGUAAAUGUAACCACAAACCAGGCAGCACCUUCUCCAGUCAGUAGUGUGAAAAAAGGGAAGAUAACUAAAAAUAGCAUCUCCCUUUCCUGGCAGGAGCCAGAUCGACCCAACGGCAUCAUCCUGGAAUACGAAAUCAAAUAUUUUGAAAAGGACCAGGAGACGAGCUACACCAUCAUCAAAUCCAAAGAGACGACGAUUACAGCAGAUGGCUUGAAACCAGGCUCGGCGUAUGUCUUCCAGAUCCGAGCCCGGACAGCUGCCGGCUACGGUGGCUUCAGCCGAAGAUUUGAGUUUGAAACCAGCCCAGUGUCAGUAGCUGCAUCCAGCGACCAGAGCCAGAUUCCUAUAAUUGUUGUGUCUGUAACAGUGGGAGUCAUUCUGCUGGCUGUUGUUAUUGGUUUCCUUCUCAGCGGAAGUUGCUGCGAUCAUGGCUGUGGGUGGGCUUCUUCUCUGCGUGCUGUUGCCUAUCCGAGCCUAACAUGGCGAUGUGGCUAUAGCAAGGCUAAACAAGAUCCAGAAGAAGAAAAGAUGCAUUUUCAUAAUGGCCACAUUAAGCUGCCUGGAAUGAGGACCUACAUUGACCCCCACACCUACGAGGACCCUAAUCAAGCCGUCCAUGAGUUUGCUAAGGAAAUUGAAGCUUCGUGCAUAACCAUUGAAAGAGUUAUUGGAGCUGGUGAAUUUGGGGAAGUCUGCAGCGGACGGCUGAAGCUGCAGGGAAAGCGUGAGUUUCCAGUGGCUAUCAAAACCCUGAAGGUGGGCUACACGGAGAAACAGAGGCGAGAUUUCUUGGGAGAAGCAAGCAUCAUGGGGCAGUUCGACCACCCCAACAUCAUCCACCUUGAAGGCGUCGUCACAAAGAGCAAACCAGUAAUGAUAGUGACUGAAUACAUGGAGAACGGUUCUCUGGAUACAUUUUUAAAGAAGAACGAUGGGCAGUUCACGGUCAUUCAGCUGGUCGGGAUGCUGCGAGGCAUCGCAUCAGGAAUGAAGUACCUGUCUGACAUGGGUUACGUACACAGAGAUCUGGCCGCCAGGAAUAUCCUAAUCAACAGCAACUUAGUCUGCAAGGUGUCAGACUUCGGCCUCUCCAGAGUCCUGGAAGAUGACCCCGAAGCAGCGUACACAACCAGGGGAGGGAAGAUCCCCAUCCGAUGGACAGCACCUGAAGCAAUCGCCUUCCGUAAAUUCACAUCGGCCAGCGAUGUCUGGAGCUACGGCAUCGUGAUGUGGGAGGUGAUGUCCUACGGCGAGAGGCCUUACUGGGAGAUGACAAACCAAGAUGUGAUUAAAGCCGUGGAGGAAGGCUAUCGCCUGCCAAGUCCCAUGGACUGCCCUGCUGCUCUCUACCAGCUAAUGCUCGACUGCUGGCAGAAAGACCGCAACAGCAGGCCCAAGUUUGACGAAAUUGUCAGCAUGUUGGACAAGCUCAUCCGUAACCCAAGCAGCUUGAAGACGUUGGUUAAUGCAUCGAGCAGAGUAUCAAAUCUGUUGGUAGAGCACAGUCCAGUCGGGAGCGGUGCCUACAGGUCGGUGGGUGAGUGGCUGGAAGCCAUCAAAAUGGGCCGAUACACGGAGAUCUUCAUGGAGAAUGGAUACAGUUCGAUGGAUGCUGUGGCUCAGGUGACCUUAGAGGACUUGAGACGGCUGGGAGUGACACUUGUUGGUCACCAGAAGAAGAUAAUGAACAGCCUUCAAGAGAUGAAGGUCCAGUUGGUGAACGGGAUGGUGCCGUUGUAACUCGAUUUUAAAGUCGCUUCCUCAAGUGGGUCGGUCCUGCACUUUGUACACUAGCCCUGAGAUUUAUUUUGACUAAAAAAAAAAAAAGAAAAGAUAAAAAGGGAAAUUCAGUUGUUUCUAUAACUGAAGGAUGUUGGCCUCUGCCGCAGUGUUUCUAAAGCAGUGUUUGACUAAAGUUUUCCUUUUCUUCCUAUUCGUGUCCUCAUUUUCAUGAAGUAAAUGUAAGAUGCAUGGAACAUGGAAACGAAUCUGCUGUACGUGAGGUUAACCCGUCUCUUAAGCUUCAGCAACGAUGACAACAAGCCUUCCCACCACACGUUGUCUGUACAUGGGAUAUAUAUAUAUAUAUAUAGCACCUUUAUAUACUGAAUUACAGCAGCACAUGGUAAUGCUUCCAAGGACUGACUUGAGCGGAGGAGUUUUGUAGCUGUUUGUGGGCUCCCAAAAGCUGCGGUUUACUGAAGUUUAACUUCGAGUCUUACUUGUCUACAGAAGUGUAUUGAAGAGCAAUAUGAUUAGAUUAUUUCUCAAUAGAUAUUUUGUUUUGUAAAUCUAAAGAAAAGAAAAAAAAAUGCUGUUACACAGCAUUAAGUUAUAGAGACUAGUGUAUAAACGUGUUGCUUGCUCCAUGGCAAAUACAAUACAGGGUGUAUAUUUUUUUUCCUCCCUCUGUGUUACCAAGUUCUUUUCGUUUGCUCUUCUGGGAGGAUAAUACAUGACGAAGAUGUAUAUACUGUACAGUUUGCUAUGCAUCAGGUACAUGAUUGGGGCUCUUUCCUUGGUUUGUUCUUUUUUUUUCCUCCCCUUUGCUUUAUUUUGUCUCCCUUUUGUGUUACCGCUAUGCUUUGUAUUUUCACUGCUGUUUGGUUUGAGCAACAUAUAAAGCCUUCAGUAGUUUUGAUUAUGUAUAUGAGGUAGAAGGAGUCUACUUAAAUAAAAGAUGUCACCCUCUUCCUUUCCACUGUCCCACUGGGGACGUACAGAAGAAGAAAAGUAAAAACAUCUGGUUCUCGGUGGCCUCCAGUGGCAACGUGGCAUCAGUUGUUGUGUGUAUGAGUCCUGCUCAAAGAUAGCGUGGGAUUGCCUUGGCACUGGCAUUUCAGCCCGGUAGCUGUCACCCAGUGCAGCCCUCACCCCUGUCCCUGGAGCCCAGGAGAUAAACCACGAGGUGGUUUUAACUGGAAGGGAUUUUGCUGUUCCUCUUCUCAUUACGGGGAUUAAGUCUUGGUGUGCAGUCUGGAGGCAAGCCUGUGGUCAUCCAGCAUGGAGAUUUUUGCAGUAUUUCACCCAAAACGGUGGUGGUGGUGGGCUUACUUUGGGAACCGUCCUGUCCCAGGUUGUCUCUCUGGGCAUUUUCGAUUUGGCUAUGGACCUGGCCACUUUGGGGCAGAGCGCAGAGAGGAGGGAACAGCGGAGCAGCCCAACGUGAUCACAGUGGUGGCAUCCCAUGGGUGAGAAGGUCCCAUCCAUCUGGGGCUGGCACGGCUCGGGUCAGCACUUGGUUGUAGCUGGGGUUCAGUGUGUUCAUUAGAGCUCACGGGUGCUGUUUUCAGAGGGACCUGAGGGCAACCCGAUCCCCUGGGUAUCCCACCAAGAAACAGUUUGGGGCUGUCCUCCUCCUUUUGUUGGAGAUAGGAUUAAUCAGUGCUGUUAAUUUGGUAUUCAUAGGUUGGGCUUUUUUUUUUUUUUUUUUUUUUUUUGUGAAGGCUUUGGUGAAGAUAAGGAUUUAAAAAUGGCUAAGCAGAUGGCAAGUGUUUGCUGGUUUUGUAGAUAUAUUGCUUCCUUAGAGGUUGGGUAGCAUCUUGUAGCAUCCUUCCUUAGUGAUAACAUCGACAUACGGACUUGCCACAGCUCCCUUCAUCCCCAGCACUGCAAAGCCGAGCCCGAGGAGCUCAUCCAGUGCUGAAGUAUGUCCUUCACAUCUUGCAGAAGUAGGAGUCAAAUGCCACCUUCAGCUGUUUCAAAGGUCUUUCUUCUAUUUCCCCCAAGCCUUUGGAUGAGAUUUGAUACAAAGAAGGGUUUCUAAAGGGAAGGGGAAGGGUUGGUUUGUUUUGGGUUUUUCUUAUCAGCAGGGCUUGCUUGCUUUCAGCAGGGCUUCUUCAGGCAAUAUUUGCCUGCUUUGAAAUGGCCGCCUCCUACUCCUCUGCGAGCUGCUACCACGCUCCCUGGGAAUCGAGAGAAAUAGGAGGUAGAGGAGCCGUGGCGAGGUCUGACAAAUCUUGAUGGUGUGAUUGCUCAUCCUGUUGUUUCAUUUUGGCAGUCACCGGACCACAAAAAGGCAGGGAGGGAGGAAUCAAGACAUAACAAUUUUGGUGCAUAAAAGAGAUUUGUCAUAUAAUAAAUAAGAUUAUUAGAGCUGUCAGCAGAACAGUCUUGGGAUUAUUUGUGCCUCCCUGCCUGCAGCACUUGGGAAAAUAACCCUUAGGAGGACAGAAACAACUUGUUUCGUCAGGAGGAAUCGUUCGGUUGCCGCCCGCGUCCAUCGGCCGCACCAAGAGAGAUGCUAUUAGCAAAUUUGCAGCAUUUUCUGCCUGCCAUCUCUGCUCAUUCCUUACCAGUUGGCUCUGUGGGAGGAGUUGGGUUUGGUCUUUUUUUCAUGGACUUUUAACAGCAAAAACCUCUUUUCACCAUUUGUGGGGUUUUAAAGGUGUAUGCGGUAUGGCUGGGUUGCAUACCAGAUGCUGGAGUAACCUUCAUAUGAACUAGUGGAAAACAAACUGUUCUUAAGCCAGACUGCAUUUGUAAAUAGGGCACCUCUUCUCAGUUCCUCCAAUAAAUAAAUAAAUAAAUAACCUUUUCUAUUUA